GAAAACCUCUUCCCCUUCCCACCAUUCGCGCCUAUAAUAGUUUCGAAAAGAAAGACCCCAUCUAACUACCACACACCCCACCUCCCACACCCACCGCCAUCUUACCACCAUAGCCCUCACCAGCGAUAGCAAAACCAGAACAAGGAGAAAGGGAAAUCGGAAUGGCCUACAACACCCGCUCAAGCGCCCACACCACCCGCUCCAAGACCAAAACCCCCCACAAAGCCACCACCACCGCAACAACUUUAAAGACGAACCGAAAAGCAACCCCCAAAUCCGCGCCGACCGCGAAAAAGACACCAAGCCGCCGCACGGGCGCCGGCGUGACCAAGAAGCCACGCCAUCACAAGCGCAAGCCACGCCUCACGGAUAAGCUCGAGGGCGCGCUAUUGAAGGUUGAGGGAACAUUAACUAGGAGAAGGGUUAAGGUAUGUUCCUUCUUCCCCCCGUUGCGCGCGCGCGGAUCGGAGGAGGCAGUUAUCCAGACUAACGCUAACCCUACAAUGCCAGGCCGCCGGAGCCAAGAAAAUUCGCGGAGCAGACGCAAAGGGCGAGAGGAGAUCUAUUCGGAGGUCCAUAUAAGCCACCGGUUUUUACCUUUAUUUCCCCCCCCCUCUAUUCUUUUCUCUUCUUCCAUAAUGCUGUGGAUAAACUUGGCUGGCGGGGUUGGGGUUGUACGUUUUGGCGUUAUGUCGAAUUGGCUGGCGGGGUGUACGAUUUUGUUUUUCCCUUGUAUUUUUUGAUAGGUUGGACCCCCGUUUGACGGGGUGAAUGCAUGGGGGGAUAUGGGGUGGGUACAUAUGGCUGCUUUUUUUCUUUUUCUUUCCCCCCUUCAGGAAGGAAGGAAGGAAGGAAGGAAGGAGUGAAGGAAAUACAAUACAUACGAAACAGUAAUCUGCCAUAG